CCCUAUACGUCACACCAGAAGGGAUGUUUAAUUAAAAUGUCCUACAAAUCAAACAGUAUACAAAAACCCUGAGUGAGUGUAUUACAAGAAAGAGAGGGAGAGAGAUGGUCAUUUUCAAACCAGUAACAUUUGUUCACUUGCAAGCCGUUGUUUUUUCUCUUCUUUUUUUUCCAGACGAUGCAUUAUUUGAAGGUUUUUUGUUUGGCGUAUCUCUUAUGUGUGCAGCUGACUACAAGUGUUGAUUUGCUGUCAGAAAUCAAACAGACUAUUAACCAUGUUAAACGUCAACAUCACGAGAAAGGCUGCACAGCUCUUCAGGAAUCAACGAGCUGCACACUUCCUGCUGCUGCUGAAGAAACUCGUUCUGUAGAUACGGACAAAUCUGCUUUACCUCAUAACACUGAAUGUGUCACAUACGACGGCUGUUACACCUGCAUGGAAGGAUCCUGGGUGACGUCAUCGUGUCCAGAAGAACAACACCAUCGAGGGAAACGUGCUAUUGUUGCAACUAUUGCUGCUGUGGUUGGAAUUGUUAGCGGCAUUGUGGGAAUUAUCCAGGCAGGAGUUGAAAUAUAUUGCAAAUUCUUCUGCAAAGGUGAUGAUGGAGAAGAAUACAGGCCGCCACAGUUUACCAGCUGUGAUGGGCCUGCCUCCCCAAUCAAUACUCCGAGUGGAGAACGAGCGGCGGUUGUGACGUGGCAGAAGCCAGCGUACCAGGAAGGAAAUGCCGGAGAACCAAAACUGAUGCUUGUGUCCACGUCAGGAGACUCUGGAAACACCUUUGAAGCUGGGUACUACACGAUAACCUAUCACCUCGUGGACAACCAGGGCUAUAAAGAUUCGUGCUCUUUCUCAUUCCAAGUAAAAGUACGGACAUGUCCUUGGCCUGGAUAUUUACCAAAUGGACAGAUCGUGUGCGGUAGUGGCGACAUUAUGUAUGGUGACAAGUGUCAGGUAUCUUGCAACCAAGGAUAUCACCUGGAGGGACUGUCUACCAUCACGUGUGAAGCCAAUGAGAACUUCAACGCUGAUUUACCUACCUGUCAGCCAAAGCAGUGUCCAGUAUUGGGAACUCCACCUCAUUCUACUGACUUCAGCUGUACUGACGGCGACAACUACAACAGCGUGUGCACGUUGACCUGUGAUUCAGCUGCUGGGUUCUCCAGUUCCCCCAGACUCACUAUAUGUCAAGAAGACACGAACUGGCUUCAACCAGUGCCACGGUGUAAAGAUACCCUAAAACCAGAAUUCACAAACUGUCCAUCACAAGCUAUCCAAGCCUAUGCAGACAGAGGUAAAACAACGGCCGUUGUUAUAUGGAAACCUCCAAUAGCAUCUGACAACUCUGGGAAUGUGACAGUGGAGCAGGUUGCUGGACUCCAACCUGGCCAGACGUUCAAUGAAGGAAGCAGCAUGAUAAAAUACACCGCCACAGACCCAUCAGGACAAAAGGCGUAUUGUAUCUUUGCUGUGAAUGUCGUCACAAUAUCUUGUGAACUACCCAGCUUCAGUGACGACAACCUGAUGUUCGACUGCACUCACGGAUACAGAUAUGGAUCACAGUGUACUGUUUCCUGCAAGGCGGGACUUCCACUGAACGGAACUAACACCAUCGUCUGUGAGAAGGACAACUCACUCUCACCAGUCACAUACUGGGACUUGGGAGGCGGAAUUCCACCAUACUGCAUCAAGCGACCAUGUGCUGUCCUGACUGCCCCAAAGCAUGGCGCACUAUCGUGUGACAACAACAUGGGUGGGUCUUUCUGCACCAUGUCGUGUGAGGCCAACUGGGACAUACCUCGUUCAGCUAUAUCCGUGUCUAUGUAUACAUGUGGAUGGGCAAAGGGUAACUGGAUUCCAACAGCUGAUGUUCCAGACUGCACUGCGAAACACGUGGCAAACCGUCUGCGAUUGAAAUCUGAACUGAAUUACUACUCUGGUAACUGCAGCGACCCCAGUACUCUGGCGGAAAUCAAACAGAAGUUUGUAUUGGUUUUAGAUAACAGUGGGUUGUGGACUGACGGAUGUCCAUGCACUGUGGAGGACGUCACUGUGAUUUGUGGCGAGGCUCGGAGGAGAAGGAGGAGGAGGGGUGUCGAUAUACACGAAGAUAAAGUUGAGAAACGAUCAACAGUGCCUGCAGCUAUUAUAACAUGGCACUGGGCUGUGCCCAUUCAAAAUGGCUCCAUUAGUUCUGCAGACGAGCAGCUUAUUGCACGUGCUGAACGAAUGUUCAGUCUUGUACGAAAUAAUCAGCUGGACAUUGGUGUUGCUGGCUUUGAGGUCAAACCUGGAUCCUUUGGCUAUGGCGAAUCAAACCUUGUCUGUCCUCCAGGAUAUUUAGGAACCUACAGGACAGGAACUUGCUCUCCAUGUCCAGCUGGUAUGAUGUACAGUAAGACGGCCAAUGACUGUGUUCGCUGUCCUCUUGGAACCUACCAAGAUGAGGAGGGUCAGUUCCAGUGUAAGCCGUGUCCUCGUGGCUUCAAAACAAUCGUCGGUGGGGCAAGAACACAGGACAAAUGCAUUGAGCUGUGUGCAGCAGGUCAUUAUUCUAACAGCAGCGUUGUGCCAUGUGAUGCUUGUCCUGUUGGCAAAUAUCAGCCGGAUGCUGGGUCUUCAGCUUGUUUAUCCUGUGAUUUUGGCACCACAACGUCUGGAACUGCCAGCACAAGUGCAAGUGCAUGUCAAUCUUUUGACGUGAUCGUGGACGGGCCAGCGACAAUACUAUCAAAAGGUGGACUUGACGCAAAUACAGAUGACUGGACCAUUUCAAUGUGGAUGUCGACAAGAUCCGCUGAAGGAAGCAUUGAAAUGAAGCAACCUGAUGGAACACUUCCGUUCAAACUUACGUUUGGACAAACAUCUUUGCUCAGUCUCUUUGGAUUGACUGUAUCUGACAUGAACAUGCCGACAUCCAGAUGGAUCCAUGUAUCCAUCGUGUAUAAACAUGGAGCCAGCACAGUGACUGUCUAUAAAAAUGGAGUUGCCGAUAACCCGAGAACCACGCAGUCAGUUCCAUCACCGGUUUUCAGAUCUGGAUCAAAACUUCAAGUCAAAUUACAAACACAGAGCGAUAUCACAAUCAGGUCGGUGUUUGUUAUUCCAUCUGCAUUGUCUCCUACUGAUGUCCAACUGCUGGCAAGCUCCUGUGGAAACAAACCCAACACCUUCAACGUAUCAAUCAAUGACCUGAUUGCUGGAUCUUCACCAGAAACUGUCCGUGUGACAACCCCGACCACCUGUGAUGCUGUAGACGAAUGCCAGCACAACUCCCCUUGUAACGGACACACCUGUAUAAACUGCCAGGUAGCUACAGGUGUGAAUGUCAGGACGGAUAUUCUGGGUCAGACUGCUCGGUUUCUCCUAAUUAUUGUGCUGACAACAAAUGUCAACACGGAACGUGUGCUACUGGACAAAACAACUACACAUGCAGUUGUAAUGCUGGAUUUAAGGGACACUUCUGUGAUGAAAUUAUAGUACACGGUGGAUGGGGUAACUGGCCUGACUGGGAUCAGUGUUCUGUGACGUGUGGAGGUGGAACUCAGACAAGAAGAAGAAGAUGUGACAACCCAGCACCAACUCGUCCUGAAGGAAGAGUCUG